AGGCGCGGCAAUAUUAAAGAAAUAUGAAUACUUAUCUGCGAGCUACUAACUAGGCGAAGUAACGUCAGGGUUACCACUUGACUUCAGCGAUUUGUCAUAUUUUUCUAGUGAAGUGUCUUUGUUUUGGCGGUUAUAAGUAGCAGUUGAAGGCUCGAACUUCUAUCCUAUCGAGUGGGCGACUAUCUAGAGAUUUUCACGACACUUUUCCUUCAAAUACUUACCAGUAGAGGUAAAGGUAAAGACUUCACGAUUAACCCGAUAGUAAUACUGUGGAAGUUCUGGAUCAACUUAUUCCCACGCCACCCCUACCCCUAGGAACCGAAAGCCAUGAAUCACGACGACAUUCUGUGCACCUCCAUCCCCUCGGAGGAGGGCAAGCGACGAGAUCUGCUGGAAAUUGCCAAGCAACGAGCCAAGGGGACCUUUCAGAUGCGGGAUCUGCACAAUGCGGAGAAGUUGUACGCGAGAUGUAUCGAGGUCGCCAACCUCCUAAAUGAACCCGAUCGACACUUGCUGUACUCCAAUCGCGCUGCCGUCCGAUUAUUGAAAAGCAAGCACCAGCUCGCCCUGGACGAUUGUGAGGCCUGCAUGGAUAUGGAUUGCAAAUAUGUCUGGGUCUGGAAGAUUGCCAGGUUUGUCAUGCAUAUUUUGCAUAACCAAUGAUGCCUGUAAUGCAUGACCUAGCAUCACAGAUUUUUAAAUGGCAUUCUGAUGCGUAUUCCGCAUGACAAAUGCCAUUUCCGCGUAGCCCAAUUUGAAUCCUCUUGCUGGUCAUGCAAUACAGGUUUCUUUAGCAUCCAAAUGCAGCAUCACAUCAAGUUUGGCUCUUCCAGACCCAGACAUUUUUGCAUUUGAUAAUGGAUCUAGACGCGGCUUUCAUCAAGGCGCACUUUCGUACUCUUUUUUUCUUUCUUCCUGUGAAUUUGUCUAAGAUAUACCAUAGGUAAUAUUGCAUCCUGGAACAAAAAUAGAUACUGUGGUAGAACAAUGCGGCAUAGGAUAAGAGGAAGAUCUAGAAUUUUCGCACCCUUAUAUAUUGCUAAGCUCCUUCCACAAGCACAAACACACCACAGGUAAGUGUCAAGCACUUGUGGGCCUUGAAAGGUUUGAAGACGCAAUUUCAGCGGCGAAAACAGCCCUAGAAAUACAUCCGGGAAACAAAGAUCUCGUCGAUAUUCAGGGCACGGCGGAGAAAAAGUGGGAGGCGCAGAAAGCAAAACCCGAUCCGGAAAAGCCCACCUUUGACGACUACCGACCGGUCCGUGUAGAGCCCGCCAGCAAAGCCGCAAAGGGAGGAGAUGGUAACCCUAACUUAUUUCGACGCUGUUCCUUUACUUAAAUGGCGGCUCUAGUACUGUUCGUCUUCGUUUCUGGAAAUCGAAAUGACUCGGGCAGGCGUACCCCUGCUCCUGUCCAAGAUAAAUAGAUUCGCUUGGAACUUGCUCAGAAAAACCCCUCCCAUGUCCACCCACAGGCUCUGCAGAAGGCGCAACGAGCUCCACCGAUUCAGCUACCAAGGCGGAUGAGAUGAGGGGAUACAAAAAGACCGCAGACGGUCGCACAACGUCCUACUUUCACACCGAACUCGACGAAAACGCAAAGAAGUUGAUUGGUGACUGCAAGCCAAAACAGAUUUCUGCAGACGCGCAACUCGGCAACAAGACAACCUCAGCAGGAAGUGCAUGGAAUCAAGCAGGUACUUCUACGCGUGUGGUUUUGCAAAGAUGUCGUCCAUGUGUGACAAGUACGACCAUCAGUGGCUUUGAUGCUGAUUGUUCUUGCAACUGAAAAUAGAAACUCGAACCAUUCCAACCAAUCGAUGCUAGGUACUUUUGAAGAGCGCGAUUACACGAAGUGGUUUUCCGAGGAGGUCCGAAAGGAGGUGAAGGGCAAGUUCCAGGUGCCAGACGAGGCCAAGACGCUGUCCUUCUCCGUCACGGAUGUGAGCGGCAGCGCGCAAAUCACGUCUUCCCGCGGAAAGGUACGGUACAUCCACGACAGCACCAUUGAACUCAAGUGGAAAUUCCCGGUAAACGAGGACCACACCGAGUACUGCAAGGGUACGAUCACCUUCGAGUCCGACGGAGCGGGCGACUACGACAUCAACUACGCCUGCACGGAAAAGCAGCACAUGGGAAGAGGCGUCGUCGACAAACACGUCAAAGGCGACGCGUCGACGCUGGUGAAACACAUAAGAGAAAAACUGCAAGUCGUGGAGGGGAAUUUCAAAGCACUGAAUCCGUUCAAGUAGAAUGUGAUGAAUGUGAAAUGAAUAAAUGUGGUCGUUGCCGCUCCUGUCCUCUUGGAGUUGGAUCCCGUACCACGUCGCUCAUUUAAGAUGCAGAAAAAAGUUCAACUUUUCAGCAUUUGAAAAACAAAGAU